AUGAGUGCAAAAGAUAGAUUAUUACAAUUAUCACAAAUAUUAACACCAAAUGCCACUUCAGCUUCAAAAUCUUUAGCUCCAGAUCAUCCUUUUAAGAUUUCAAUCAUUGGUUCAGGUAAUUGGGGUACUGCAGUUGCUAAAUUAUUAGCAGAAAAUGCUGCUUCAAGACCUCAUUUAUUCAGUCAUGAAGUGAAGAUGUGGGUGUUUGAAGAAAAAAUUAAUGGUAAGAAUUUAACUGAAAUAAUUAAUACCGAACAUGAAAAUGUCAAAUAUUUACCAGGAAUCAAAUUACCAAAAAAUUUGGUUGCUGUACCAAAUAUUGUUGAAGCAGCUAAAGAUGCUGAUUUAUUAGUUUUCAACUUACCUCAUCAAUUUUUAAAGAAUAUCUGUAAACAAUUAAAUGGUAAAAUUAAACCAACAGCAAGAGGUAUUUCAUGUUUAAAAGGUUUAGAAGUUACACCUGAAGGUUGUAAAUUAUUAUCAACUUAUAUUACUGAAAACUUGGGUAUUAACUGUGGUUCUUUAUCAGGAGCUAAUAUCGCAAGUGAAGUUGCUAAAGGAAAUUGGUCAGAAACUACCGUUGCUUAUCAAUUACCAAAAGAUUUUAAAGGUCCAGGUAAAGAUAUUGAUGAAUUUGUUUUAAAAGCUGCUUUCCAUAGAUCUUAUUUCCAUGUUAAUGUAAUUGACGAUGUUGCUGGAGUUUCUGUUGCUGGAGCUUUGAAAAACAUUGUUGCUUUAACUGUUGGUUUUGUUGAAGGUUUAGGCUGGGGUGAUAAUGCUAAAGCCGCUAUAAUGAGAAUUGGUUUAUUAGAAAUUAUCAAAUUUUCUGAAACUUUCUUCCCAGAAUCAAAAGCUUCAACUUUCUUAAAAGAAUCUGCUGGUGUAGCUGAUUUAAUUACAACUUGUUCAGGUGGUAGAAAUGUUAAAGUAGGUAGAUAUAUGGCUGAAACCGGUGAAAGUGCUGAAGUGGCCGAAAAGAAAUUAUUAAACGGUCAAUCUUCUCAAGGUAUAAUAACUGCCAGAGAAGUUCAUGAAUUAUUAACUAAUGUUGGUAAAUUAAGUGAUUUCCCAUUAUUUGAAUCAACUUAUCAAAUUAUUUAUGGUUCAGAAUCUAUUGAAAAUUUACCUUUAUUGUUAGAAGAAAAAUAA